AUGGAUACUGAAUGUUUCAGUAGUCCUGUUACAUCCGCAAACUUCCAAAAAGAUGCGGAAGAAACUGCAGAAACAUUGUCGUCAAUACAAACCAAGACUGGAUUUUAUACCAUGGCAGGAAUUCUGGAAUUCCUUCAUUUGGAAUGGUCAAGAAUGCAACUAGAACGUACACAGUGGGAUGUUGAGAGAGCGGAAUUGCAUGCAAGGAUAGCAUUCCUUCAGGGCAAAUUUAGAGGGCUUGAAUGUCUUCGAAAUGAUUUGGUUCGUCGUAUCAAAAUGUUAGAAUAUGCUUUAAUAAGAGAAAGAAGUAGUAAAGCUCAAGAUGGAAACUCCAAAGAAAUCGAAGAGAAUAUGAUAAGCGUACAUUUUUCUAGGUCUGAUUCUGGUGCAGACCAUCCUAAAACUAAUUUAGACAGUGAGUGGCAAAAUGAGAAUGUCCAGCUCAGCAAGUACUCAGUUGACUUAAAUUCAUCUGAAAUUUCACUGACCUUUGGUAACGCAUCUCUACGUGAUUCUUCUGGAGUCAGUCUGCUAGUCGGUGAUGGCCACAGUUCAGAAACUAGGGUGCUCCAAGAAUCUCUUAAAUAUGAUGAUUUUGGAUCGAAGGGGUUGCAUAAUUCAUUGGAACUUGCCAUGGAACAUUGUGGUUUAGAACAAAAUAAACAGUCGCAGGAUGAUACAUUUGACUUUAAUGUGUCUAAUAGCUCCAGUUUCGAUUGUUUAUCACUUACGGAAGAAGGUGGUUCGACAAUUGAAUCUCAGUGUAUCACAGAUCCAGAAACGGCUGAAGCACUCCUAGAAUUUGAGCAACUUGUUGCGCAAACUUCAUAUUUGGAUAAAAGUCCUUCGAUAGAUCAUACGAAUCUUAUAAAGCAUAAUGAAUCUGCAUUACACAAAGAUUGGGAUAAUUUAAAUGAACAAGAAUUAUUGCAACGUUUCAAAGAACAGUAUCGAGCAAACCGUUCACAUGCCAUAUCUUCAAAUCUAUCUCCUCCUGAUUUUCCUUUUAUUUCUAAUGUUAAAUUAAAAGAAAGCUUAAAUAUCGAUGACAAAAAGUUGAAAAUCACUUCAUUGUCUAGCGAUUUACAUAUGAAACAAUCUAAUCGUAUUAAUAGUAAUAAUAAUAAUAAUAAUAAUGAUCAACUAACAAAUUUCGAUGCAGUUGAAGAUGAAUUAGAUAAUUUACUACCGAAUUUUGAUAUUUUAAUCAAUCAAAAACAUCAACAUCAUCAACAACAAAAUACAUUGCCAAAUGAAAUUUUACACAAUUCCAAUAAUCCAAAUCAAUUGAAUUCAACAAGUGAAUCAACUUUAAGACUAGAAGAUUUAGCAAAUCUUUCUACUACAAUGUCAAGCAGUGAAUUUGAUUCUAAACAAGCACAUGCAGUUGCUGUAGCUAUGGAUAAUUUAGAUGGAAUGAGUGAAUGUCUCAUUAAUCGAUCAUCAAAUGAAAAAAUCAAUCAAUCCACACCAACCUCAUUAACACAAAAACCUACAACAUGGACAGCAAAGUAUACACUGCGUAGUCAUUUUGAUGCUAUUCGUGAUAUUUGCUUUCAUCCUAGUGAAUCAGUUUUAGUUACAUGCAGUGAAGAUCAUACUUUGAAAUUAUGGAAUUUGAAUAAAACUAUUCAAACGAAAAAAUCUUCAAUGUUUGAUGUUGAACCGAUAUACACAUUUCGUGGACAUAACUCGCCUGUUUUAUCAGUUACAAUGGUUCCUAGUUUAUUCAAAAUGGAUAAUUCCGGUCAUUCAGGAUUGAUGAUUUCACCGAUUUAUAUAUAUUCUGGCGAUUUAUCGGGUUGUAUACGUAGUUGGUGUGUAUCUAGUCUACAGUUAGAUCCUUAUGAUACUUUUGAUACAUCAAUGAUAGGUCCUACCUUUGAAGGUCAUACUGAUGCUGUUUGGUCAUUGUGUUCACGUUACGAUGGUUUACUACUUUCAACUUCCGCCGAUGGCACUUCUCGUUUAUGGCAUUUACGUCCGAAUUCAUUUGUUAACUCUGAUGUAUAUUAUAUUAGUAACAUGAUUAAUAAAUGUGAGAAUAUAUCUCAACAACAAGAUGCAGUUCCUACAUCAGCCACAUUUUUAUGUACUAAUCUAGCACAUUUCGCUGCUGGCUUCAAUUCAGGUCAUGUGUGUUUAUUCAACUUAGAGACACAUCAAAUUGUAAGGAAUUUCCAAUCAAUUAAUAAGACAGAUGUCAAUGAUACUUCUCAAAACGGGAAUGCAUACUCUGUAAAUUCCGUUAUUUCACAUCCUCACUUCUCACUAAUAAUCAGUGCUCAUGAUGAUCGUCAAAUUCGAUUUUGGGAUUCAUUAAGUGGUAAAUGUGUUCACUCAUUGACCGCUCAUUUGGAUUCAGUAACAACACUCAGUUUAGAUUCAAAGGGAACAUCAUUACUGUCAGCAAGCCAUGACUGUUCCAUACGAAUAUGGGAUAUCAAUACAAAAUUGUGCAUUCAAGAGAUAACAGGUCAUAGGAAAAAAUUCGGUGAAGCUAUCAAUGCUGUUGCAUUUCAUCCAACACAGCAUUUUAUGGCUAGCGCUGGGUCUGAUGCACUGGCCAAAGUAUAUGUUUGA